AUGGCGUACGCUAUCACACUGUCGCCGAUUGAGCCAGGCAGUCUUCAGGUGUAUUCGAACAUCAAGCCGACAUUGAACCCUGGCAAUUAUGAAAUCAACAUCAAGCAGGACUUCGGGAGCAAGAAGUUGCACUCAUCCAGGGCUUUCGAGGUCGUCGGCCCAGCGCAGUCACUUGGGCCUUCAGAUAUCCACAGCUACUACCCACUCGCUGGCACCUCUGAGCAUGCGAAUAUCUUGCCACACAUUUCUUUUCGAAACCCCUUUCUUCCAUGGGCAAGGCCAUCGUUCGCCGCGGAUCCCAGUCCGCAACGAAGAACACCCUGGCUGGGACUUGUCAGCUUCGAAAUGGCGGAGUUGCAAUUGCAACCAAGCCACAUACAGAGUCUUGCACGUGUGGCCACUUCUCGCACGGCCAGAAUCGGCACGAAUAGUGCGAAGCCAAAGGCAGACCCAUUGGCAUUGUCUUCAACUGGAGCUUUGAGUCUCACUUUCGCCGAGCUUAUGGACCUUAAAGCCUCCGGAGGGAUGCAAGUGGCACUAAAAGGUGCAGCCAUGGACGAGAACGAAAGCGAUGCAUUAUUACGAACGAUCCUUCUGACAAGAGAAGUUGCUGUGACCCUGUUUGGAGAUCACGAUGGUGCGGCAACAUCCUGGAGCAGUCCUGCUGAGGGGAAACCACCGAAUGUUGAGCGUUAUGCACAUCUUGCCCACCUUAGACAUGUCAACACCACAGGGUCGAGAGACGCCGCUUCGUCAGACGUAGUCCAGGRGACCGUGAGCACCCUAGUCUGCCACCGUACGGGAUCAACCAAGCUGGAUGCUCCUCGCAAGAUGGUGGUCCAUGUUAUCUCACUAGAUGCUCUGGAUGAGCUUCAUUUAAAUUCGGGUCCAGAUGCGUUUACUCUAAUCAGCCUCCAUAGCUGGACAUAUUGGUGUGUUCCAGAAUCCCAUGCUCGCUUCCAAGACACCAUGAAGGAAUUAGCCAAGAACAUACUGCCACUCACCUACAGCCCAAAGCAAAUCCUAGAAGUGCUUGGGACCCCUGGCGGCGGGGAUAGGGAUUGGCUUGAUGCGCGAAUCAAAAGUGGCUACACUAUUAUCCGAUCUAUAGUGCAGACUGGAGAAUCUACAAUGGGGAUUGUACGAGGCUGCUUUUCUCCGUACAGGCCCACAAAUCGUAGUCGGGGGCCAAGCAAUGACGGGUAUAGUCUGCAAAUCCUCGAUCGAGAGGCCGGUAUCAUGGACUUGACAUAUAGCAUGGCUUGGAAUCUCGGUCGUACCUUGGCUUUGGCAGAUCAGGCGUUGGCCCAGGYACUGGUGCGCAUCCGCGCAGAGAUGCACAAGUCGGCCCUUACUCAGGCGAAAAAAGAAGUCGAUACUGCGUUCAUGUCCAAGGCAGAUCUUGUGCAUCAAAUGAACAAAGUGGCAUCAGAGAUAUCCGAAGCUGUCAAGACAAUGAAGGACAUGGCCCUUAAUGGUCGCUGGAGAUCUGCGAGUGGGCUCGUAGCCAUGUCUCUUCGUCAGGAAGUGUCUUGGUUCAGCGAAAUUAUGCGCUCGAAAUUUGACCAGAACCUAAAGAGCUUUGCGGGACAGCUGCGAGAUCAUCAUCAGGCUGAUAUGCACACCAUUUCCCAAUGGGUUCUGAGCACACUCAGACUUCAGGAUAUCCCUCCAUAUUAUCUUAUCCCUGACCUGCGUAUGCUUCCGCACGAGUCUGUUCGGACCUUUUACAUUGAUGAUACCUGGACCGACGCUGUUCUUGAUGGGGCCCUCAGCGUAGGCAAUCAUUAUGAUGAUGACGAUAUCGCUCGAACAGUCAUCAAAAAGGAGCUCAACAUCAUGCUUGCCUCGGAGAAGCGGAUAGCGCGAUGGGGCAUGCUCAUUCGUAGCGAACAGAUGAGCGAGAAUCAGGAGCUGAUUGUGUCGAUUCGCGGUGCAAAGGAGACCUUCCUCUCUAGUACGAAGCUUGGGAAUGAAAUGCGGCUGAUUUUGUGCUCCAAGUAUGUUGAGGAUCCUGACUUCAGCUCGGGAAGCGACAAGGCGAUUGUUUUGUCCCAACCUCCGCAUCAACAACGAUUCUCCUUGGCCACUUUGACAGAUGCGAAGGUAGAGUCCGCAAUUUUUGGUCUCGAGUCUUCGGAGGCGAAUUUGCAGGAAAAGUACAAACAUUGGCCUGCAACCUGGAACAACACCGAUGGCACUCGUAGUGGUAGCUGUGCCGGAAAGACUGACUUGCCACCCAUUUACAACUGGAAGACCCGUAGCCUGAUACCAGACCACUUAUCUAAAGCCUGCUCAACGGUACUGCAUUCACAGAUGCCCGGGUCCGACUUGCUGAAUGCUGAGUCUGACGGACAAAUCGGUUCCGCAGCGUUGGCAUUGCAGCUCAAUGACAAUGUUUUUGAUCUGGUAAUCAGCGCAACUUCUUGUGUAAACUCCGCGCCUAACCAAGCCGCCACGCCAACAAGAUCAAUUCCCAUACCAGCAGAACGAAACAGAGACCACAAUGGUGGCUCUGUACUACCCAAGCCAGAACCGGUGGCAGCGCCGGUUGUGCAUCGAGUACCUACAGAUCCAAAGCCCGUAGUUGCAAGAGCUGGGCCGCUUGGAGCUGCAGCACAGACGAUCAUCAUGAAAGACGCCAUYAACGCAUCUGGUAUCGUCAAUGCUUCUGUCUGGCCGGUUCUCACACCUCACAAGGCAAUCCCGUCAUCGCACCCCUCCGCCCUGGACCUUGUGUUUGCACUGCCACUGAAUGGGGGCAACAAAUUCACGUCGGCCUUCCAGAUGGUUCUGACGAUCCCAACCGGUCCCGGAGAGACUGAUCUCUUCAUGCAAGCGUCAGAUGCCCCUCGUGUGAGGCUCCUGUCGAAAUCCGUGAGCUGGAAGGCCAGCGUAGUCGUGCCCGAUCUGCAGAAACGAGAUUCCCUACGCCUCGUAAUAUCCACCCAUGACUCGCCGUCUGAGGCAUCAGGAGUAGUGCGCGAGCUCGACGACCACCCAAGCUUUGUGCUCAGUCCUGUCGCGAACAUUACAGGCCGCGGUAUUGUGACCAUUGCGUGUUCGUACGAUGCACGAAUGCUUGGAAACAACCCUUGGGAAUACUACGGAGGUCACGAUACUUUCACCGUCGUCAAGGAAGCUGUUGCCCAGGGUGAGGCGUGGCCUUGA